UCAACUUUUUUGAGCAAAUAAACAAUUUUGUUUUCUUCAUACUUUGGUUACUUACCUGUGGCAUUUGAGCAAUACGUGCCCUACUGCCGUCUGCCAACACUUCUCUCUUAGCUUCUUCAGCUUGCCGCGUCUCCUUAACCACCAAUCUAACAGAUUAUUUAUAGUGCUUCAUCAUCAUCAAACAUGAAUUUGAUGUGCAAGGAAAUGCAAACAUUACUUCCAUCCGGUGCUUACAGUCAUAAAAUGGACGUGUUCAAUCCUCGCCGGCAGAAGGAGAAGGUGGUGAUCGUAAUGGGAGCAACCGGGACGGGGAAAUCGAGGCUCUCGAUCGACCUGGCCACCCAUCUCGCCGCAGAAAUCAUAAACUCUGACAAAAUGCAAGUUUACAAGGGGCUUGACAUAGCCACCAACAAAAUAACCGAAGAAGAACAACGUGGGGUACCGCACCAUUUGCUAGGGAUACAUGAUCCUAAUGCAGAUUUUACGGCAACAGAUUUUUGUGACGAAACCUCACUUACCAUUGAAUCCAUUUUAGGCCGCGAUCGCCUUCCAAUCAUCGUUGGAGGCUCCAAUUCGUACAUUGAGGCCUUGAUUGAUGACUAUGACUAUAAAUUUCGGUCCAAAUACGAAUGUUGUUUUUUAUGGGUAAACGUGUCCACGCCGGUUCUGCACUCAUUUGUGUCAAAACGGGUGGACAAGAUGGUCGAAAAUGGGAUGGUGGAUGAGGUGAAGGAGUUCUUCCAUCCCAAUGCAGAUUACUCGAAAGGGAUUCGGAGGGCAAUUGGGGUGCCCGAAUUCGAUAAGUACUUUCGGUAUGGGCCAUUUUUGGAUGAAGAAACUAGAGCUAGGCUACUAGAACAAGCAGUGGAGGAAAUUAAGAAGAAUAAUUGCAAAUUGGCCUCCCGCCAACUGGAGAAGAUUCAAAGACUUAGAAAUGUUAAAGGGUGGAAUUUGCAUCCGUUGGAUGCCACGGAGGUGUUUCGAAAGCGUGGGAAGGAAUCCGAUGAAGCCUGGGAAAAGUUUGUUUAUGAGCCAAGUGCUCAGAUUGUUCGUCAGUUUCUGUACAAUUAUGCCAAAGCUGAGGUCCCUGUCAAUCUUGGUGCCAUGAGGGUCCCUAUGGAAAGUGCAGCACUCGCUGCUGCAACUCACUAGGAAGACUUAGACAUUAUUUCUUUCUUAUUAUGCAAUACAUUUUGAUGCACUACCUUAAUCUAAUCAUGAGUGUAAAAUAAAGGAUUAAUUGUCAUUGUCAUGGAAAUUUCGUAAGCAAUAAUUAAUUUAUAUGCUCCAUGUCAUGCAUGAUAUGAUUAAUUAUAGAUAGCUUUUUGGCUUUAGCUUUUUAGAGGCAUUGGAUCCGUGAA